AUGUUUCCACUAAGGCUGCUGCUGUGCUUAGCAGCAUGCGUUGGUGGAGCUGCAUCAACCGGUGGUGGUCAACGUUCACAACCGGUAGAUGAUACGGCUGGAAAAAGUUCGCUAACAUUCGUUUUCGAUAUUACUGGAUCAAUGUUCGAUGAUCUUGUACAAGUACGAGAAGGUGCAAGGAAAAUCUUCCAGACAGUAAUGCAACAACGAGAGAAACUUAUUUACAACUACAUUAUGGUACCUUUUCAUGAUCCAUAUUUGGGCGAAAUCAUCAACACUACUGAUGCUGCCUAUUUUAUGCGUCAAUUAGGAAAGGUAUACGUACAUGGUGGUGGUGAUUGUCCAGAAAAAACUCUCACCGGUAUCCAAAAAGCGCUGGAGAUCUCACUACCUUCAUCAUUCAUCUACGUCUUCACUGAUGCACGAUCCAAGGAUUACGAUCUCGAGGAUACCGUAUUGAACAUGAUCCAGGAAAAACAGAGUUCUGUAGUAUUUGUGAUGACUGGUGAUUGUGGAAAUAGGACUCAUCCAGGAUUUCGUGUAUAUGAAAAAAUUGCAGCAGCAUCAUUUGGGCAGGUGUUUCAUCUAGAAAAGAGUGAUGUUUCAACCGUGCUCGAGUACGUACGACAUGCUGUAAAACAGAAAAAGGUGCACGUGCUAUACGAGGUUCGUGAACGAGGUGGAACAGUGGUGCGAAAUGUGCCAGUUGAUGAACACAUGACUGAACUAACGUUAUCAUUGUCUGGUGAUAAGGAUGAUGAGGAAGUUCUGGAUAUCACACUUAAGGAUCCAACAGGAAGACCUGUUGACAAAAAUGUCUACAGUAAGGAAGGAGGUACAAUUGAUCUGAAAAAUGUGAAAUUAAUUCGUCUCAAAGAUCCACAACCUGGAAAUUGGCAGGUGAUCACGAAUUCUCGUCUGAAGCAUACGAUUCGAAUUUUUGGUCAUGGUACUAUUGAUUUUAAAUACGGAUUUGCAACAAGACCUCUGGAUCGGAUUGAAUUGGCACGUCCUAGGCCAGUUUCCAAUCAGAACACCUAUUUACUUGUAAAUAUGACAGGCUUAAUACCACCCGGAACGACCAGUGAAAUUUCGCUUCUGGACUACUUUGGUAACACACUUUACACAAAUGCUGCUUCACCACAUAGAAAUAAUCCUUCGAUGUAUUUUGUUGGUCCUUUUAUUCCACCUAAGGGUCUCUUUUUCGUACGAGUUAAAGGUGUUGAUGAGGAUGAUUAUGAAUUUCAACGUAUUGCUCCCACCGCUAUUGGAAGUGUUAAUGUUGGAGGACCACGUGCUUAUAUGAGUCCCACAACGACAGCAUUUGCUACAACGGACGCUAAUCUUACUUGUACCAUCGAAAGUGCAUCUCCGUUUACAUUGUAUUGGAUGAAAGGUAGCGAACGUAUUGGAGGACCAUUAUUUUACCAGAUGACUGACACUGCGAUUUGGACUUUGCCGGAAGUAACGUUGAGAGAUCGUGGAGAAUAUUUUUGUGUUGUUGUCAGCGAAAAUGGAAAUCAUACUGUGAAGACAUUCUUGGACACUCGAGAAUCACCUCCUCUGAUUACUGGACUCACGAAUACCUCUACACCGUUAGGUCAUCCAGCGUUUCUUCAUUGUCAGACUCAAUCAUCCAGUAAAGUAGAAAUCAGAUGGUUACGUUAUGGAGUGACUGUUUUAAACAGUGUGAAUACUAUGGUAUAUCCAAAUGGUACACUUCGAAUCCAUCAAACAUCUCGUGCUGAUGCCGGUGCAUACGAGUGUCAGGCUCGAAAUACUGGAGGAAUGACAAGUCAGAGUACAGUACUCAAGGUCCUUGAGCUACCCAAAGCAGCUGUAUCACCAACAACACUCUACUUUGUCCCACGAACAACAUUUAAUAUCUCCUGUUAUGUUGACGGUGAUCCGAAACCGCAACCACAUUGGUUCUACAACGGUCGACGAAUUCAUCCGGAUCAUAAAUACUAUAUAACGUUUAAAAAUGAUUUGAUCGUUCGUGAUCCAUCACCAAGAGAUGUUGGUGUCUAUGAAUGUCGUGCUGUUUCGGCAGCUGGAACUCAUGCCGAUUCCGCUACCGUCUACGUAGCAGUUGCUCCACGUGUUGAGCUGAAACAAAGCAAAACAAUGAUCGGAAGAGGAGACAGCAUAUCUUUUGAUUGCAUUGUCCUCGAAGGAACACCACCACCAAAAAUUCAAUGGUUCAGAAAUGGAAGAGAGUUAUUACAGAAUAGUAAUGAGUAUAUGACUGUCAAUGGAGCUCAUCUAAGUAUAGCCGGUGCUCAGGAUACAGAUGCUGGAUCUUAUUCAUGUGUUGCCGAAAAUAUUGCUGGAAGAGAUAUUGGAGUUGUGAAAGUUGCUGUAGGAAGUAUGCCUUCGAUUGUUCCAUCACCGGAAACUGUACGAGUGAACAUUGAGAGACAAGCUACUCUUCAAUGCAGAGCGGUUGGUCAUCCACCGCCAACGAUCAGUUGGCAACGUGACGGGGUCCCACUCGAAUCUAUUGACCAUUCACGAUAUACUAUAUUACCUGAUGGAAAUCUACUAAUUACUAAUGCUCAACUCGAGGAUCAAACACGUUUCACUUGUAUAGCAAAGAACGAAUACGGUCAACAAUCAAAAACGACUAUGGUGAUGAUUAUAGGACUGGUAUCCCCCGUAUUGGGUCACGUCCCACCUGAGGAACAACUAAUUGAGGGCGAGGAUCUACGUCUUUCUUGUGUUGUUGUACUUGGAACACCGAAACCUGAUAUUAAAUGGUUCAAGGAUGGGGUACCGGUUGAACCCAGCUCAUCACUCAUUAUCGAAGGCGGUGGUUCAUCACUUCUUCUUCGUAACGGAAAUCCAGCAGAUGAAGGACGUUACACGUGUGCAGCAAUAUCACCAGCAGGCAAUGCAACACUGAAUGUGAAUGUACAGCUAAUCAAGAAGCCAGAGUUCAUCCUGGAUGAACUUGAACCACCAGCUGAACUAAGUGUACGUGAAGGACAAAGUAUGGAAUUGCCUUGUCGUGUACGAGGCACUCCAACACCAGCAGUUACAUGGAGUCUUGACGGAAGACCUAUAAGUGUCAAUUCUAAGGAUUACACCAUUACGCAAGAUAACACUCUGGUCAUUAUCAACGCCGAUAAAGCAAGUGCAGGAACGUAUACAUGUACUGCAAUGAAUCCGGCUGGUGAAACUGAACAGUCAACGUACGUGAGCGUCAUAGCUGUUCCGGUGAUAUCGCCUGGUCAAAGCUCGUUCAAUCUAAUCCAGGGUACACCUGUGACAAUUCCUUGUGACGUUUAUAUGGAUCCAAUGCCAGAAAUUAAAUGGUAUCUCAAUGGUGAACCGUUUGAAGGUGGUUAUGUUGACGAGAAUGGCGCUUUAACGAUAGAAGAUGCGGAAGAAAUCCAUAGAGGUCAACUGAAAUGUGUUGCAUCAAAUGAAGCUGGAGAAGAUGAACGGGUAGUCACCCUAACAGUACAUACAGCACCUAUUAUUGACGGUAGUGGUCAGACAAUCAGCAAAAUUGUUCUUGUCAAUGAAACCGUAUCAUUACCGUGUCCAGCACGUGCUAUACCACCACCGAUUCGAAUAUGGAGUUAUGAGGGGCAAAAUAUGGAUACGAUUCCUAUUCAACAUGAACUGACCGAAGAAGGUGCACUAAUUUUACCAUUCGUUCAACUGGAUAACACUGGACAUUACACAUGCCUUGUAUCAAAUCUUGCUGGAGACGAUUCUAUCACUUACAGUCUUGAGGUCCACGAAAAACCACAAAUUGUCUCUGAAACACCAGGAACAAUUGACGUUGUACGAGGUUUAACAUUGGAAAUUCCUUGUAAAGCUAGAGGAACACCAGAACCUGAGAGGAUAUGGAAAAAAGAUGGUAUCCAGAUUGGUCAAGAAGAUAAGGAUAUUACUAAUAUUGACUCUGCUGGGACCCUUAGGAUCAUGAAUACCCAGACAAGCCAUGGUGGUCAGUAUACUUGUGAAGUGACUAACGCUGUUGGAAGCGAUAGCCGUGUAACUACUGUAGUUGUACAAGAACCACCUGUUAUUCUUCCGGCAACAAUAAGCAAUUAUACUUCCGUGGAAGGUGAUUUGGUAGAGAUCCGAUGCCAUGUCGAGGCAAGCCCACCUGCAGAAAUUCAAUGGACAAGACGUGGUGUUCCGAUUACCGAAUCCACACCUGGUGUAUCGGUGAACGGCGGUACACUAAUUAUACAAGCAGUUAGUAAGGAAGAUGCCGCUUUUUACACCUGUAAAGCAUCGAAUCCAGCUGGAAAAACAGAAAAAGUUAUUCGUCUUAGCGUUAUUGUGCCACCUGAUAUCCCGGAUCAGGACAGUGUCGUUAUCGAAUCCGUGAAAAUUCAUCAACCUUUCAGUCUCUAUUGUCCUGUAUUUAGUACACCUUUGCCAACGAUCACAUGGUACCUUGACGAUACGGUAAUGUCCGAUGGUGAUCCAAAUGUGAUUUUAUCGGAGGAUAAACGAAGACUACAUGUUAUCAAGGCACGUACUACGGACGCUGGUGUAUACAAAUGUGUUGCACGUAAUCUAGCUGGAGAAAGUAGCAAAACAUUCGACGUUGAAGUUAUCGUUCCUCUAAACGUUGACGAAAGCCUGUAUAAACGAAAAGUGACCGUAUUCGAAGGUCAACGUGUUGAAUUAGGAUGUCCUGUAAGUGGACAUCCUGCACCGACUGUAAAUUGGGUAGUUGGAGGACGAAUUUUGAAUCCUGGCGAAAAUAUCAGAGGUGUUGAAGUGUCUGAGAGUGGUAAUUUGCUUGUCAUCGAUAAUUCGACUGUCGAUCAUGCCGGAACGUAUCAUUGUGUUGCUCAGCAUAAAGCUGGAAGUUUGGACGUUGACAUUGAAUUGAUUGUUAGAGCUCCACCGAAGGUCGGUUCGGAUGAGUCAAUUGAGGUAGUUGUCGGGAAAGCUGUGACAUUGUCAUGUGACGUGGCGAACUCAGGUGAUGACAGGACAACCACGUUAUGGCGAUUGAACAACUCGGAAACACUACCACGAAAUGUACAAGUUCCUUUCGAUGGUCAACGUGUAUUCCUUGUCGAUGCACUUCCUGCAAAUGCUGGGAUCUAUACUUGUAUUGUACGAAAUUCUGCCGGUGAAAGUCGAAAGAACAUUCAUGUCACUGUCCUUGAACCACCGGAAUUCAUUGAAAAACAAUUCGACCAGAAUGUCCGAGUAAUUAGUGGAUCACCAUUGAGCUUAGCUUGUCUUGUCAAAGGUUCCCCAGCUCCACUUCUGGAAUGGAGAAAGGAUGGUCAGACAAUCACUGAAAAUGUAUUUAGUGACAAUGGACAAAGAUUGACAAUGGAUUCACAAGGAAUGACAACACAUCGCUUCACAUGUCUUGUUUCUAACAAAGCUGGAUCUAUUGCAAGAGAUUUCUUCGUGCAGAGUGUUGCCCCACCAACAAUCAAAGAUGCCGGUGAUCGUACGAUUGUUGAAGUAACCGAAGGACAAACGGCUAUACUUCAAUGUCCAGUAGUUGGUGGAGACGUGGAUAUUACUUGGAGGAGGCAAGGACGAACUAUUGAGGCAUCUGAGGGGAUUUUCACUGUGGAUAAAACUCGGCUGAUGUUAGUGAAUGCACAAAAAGAUCAUGAGGACACGUUCACUUGCAUAGCAAAAAAUAGUGCCGGUGAAGCGGCACGAGAUUUUGAAGUUGUUGUGUUAGUUGCACCGCAUAUCAAAGGAUCACUGGUAGAAGAUGUGGAAGUAGUAGAAGGAUUCGAGAUGACUCUGGAUUGUGACUAUGAUGCAAGUCCUGAACCAGUCGUACAAUGGACCAAAGAUGGUGAUUCUCUUCCUAGAACGGCACAGCUACUGAACGGAGAUCAUACUUUGGCGAUGAGCGGUGUAACACGUAACAGUGCAGGCGUGUUCCGUUGUGCAUUAUCCAAUAAAGCUGGAUCUGCUGAAAAAACGUUCAACGUUCGAGUAAUCCAGAAACCCGAUUUGGAGGGUAGUGAUGAGAUCACGAUUGUGAAGGUGAACAUAACUCGUCCUGUCACUCUGGAAUGUCCUAUUAAAGAUCCAAUCGGUGUCGAAUUAUCAUGGUCCCGACAUCAGCUACCUGCCGUUAAUGGUGUGGAAAAUGUACAGAUCCUAUCCGGGGGACGUCAUUUAUUCAUCCCAUUCGCACAAGUGAACGAUGAAGGAACGUUCACGUGUACGGCAAAAAACGCAGCUGGAGAAACGUCAAAAACUUAUAAAUUGGAGGUCCAAGUUCCACCAACAAUUUUGAAUGAAGGUGGAGAGUAUACGGUAAUUGAGAACAAUUCGUUGGUACUUCCUUGCGAAGUGGAAGGUAGUCCUCAACCAGUGAUCGUUUGGACAAAGGAUGGACAACCUGUGAAUGGUUUGAAAUCAGUCAGAACACUUUCCGAAGGCCAACAAUUCAAGAUUAGCCACGCUGAAACCAGUCACCGAGGAUCCUAUGCGUGUCACGCUAAGAAUGAUGUGGGAAGUGCUGAAAUUAAUUUCGAUGUGGAUAUUAUAACUCGUCCGGCUGUCCUACGUGGUAUCAAGGAGACUGUAGAGGUAUUCGAAGGUGGAACUGCACAUUUCCGUUGCCCUAUCGUUGAGAAAAACUUUAAAGGACAUGUUGGAUGGUUAUACGAUUUCAAGCCAAUCCCGACAAAUAAUCCAAGAUUUUCAAGAGGACAUGGUGAUAGGCGGCUUAAUGUGCAAAACGUUACGCUAUCGGACGAAGGAGCAUACAGCUGUCGAAUAAAAAAUGAUGCAGGCGAAACACGCGUCGACUAUAAACUCGUUGUUCUUGUACCACCAAGUAUUAUUAUGUUGGAUAAGGAUAAAAACAGAUCCGUUACUGAAGACAGUUCUAUCACCUUAUCCUGUCCAGCAACAGGAAAACCAGAACCGAAAAUCACUUGGCAGAAGGAUGGAGAAGUUCUUCAUCCGGAAAACAUCAGCAAUGUUAUCAGAUCAGCACAAAUGUCUGGAAGUGAAAUAAAAAUUGCCAGGAUUAAGCAACAUGAUUCUGGACGAUUCACCUGUGAAGCUUCGAAUAAAGCCGGAACAUCCGAACAAGAUGUGUUAGUGAAUGUAUUGACACCACCACGAAUCGAAAAAGAUGGAAUUCCGUCGGAUAUUGAGGAGGUCGCUGAGCGUACUGUCACUCUUUCCUGUCCAGUUCACGGAAAACCAACUCCUGCUGUUACAUGGCUCAAGGCUGGUCGUCCAUUGAGCCAACAACAAAACGUUAAAACUUCUGCAAACGGACAGAAGCUUUACUUCCUUAGUUUGAGCAAGGACGAUGCGGGAAGGUACACUUGUGUCGCAAAAAAUCCUGCUGGCGAGGAUAAACGUGAUUUCAAUGUGAAACUGCUAGAAGCACCAUCAUUCGAAGGUCCAAAUCUUGUACGUCGUGUACAGGUGAACGCUGGAAAACCUUCAAUACUUACUUGUCCGGCAACUGGAUCUCCUCUACCGGCGAUUACUUGGCUUCGAGACGGACAAACAUUGCUACCAUCACCACGACAUGUGUUCCUGGAUGGCGGACGUCAACUACAAAUCAGUAACUCACAGUUAGAAGACAAAGCCAGAUAUACCUGCAUUGCAACAAAUGCUGUCGGCUCAGAUGAUUUGGAAACGAGUCUGGAUGUGGUUUCAAUACCGGCAAUUCUUGGUGAUAAACACGAGAAGCUUGAAGUGAUCGAAAAUUUCCGUCAGGAUUUGAUUUGUGAUUUAAAAAAUACGGAUUCACCUGUGGAUAUUGAAUGGCAGAAAGCUGGUCAGACAAUUACACAACAAACUCUACGAGAUGAUAGUUAUUUGCAGAUCCCGUCAUCUGGUCGACGAUUGCACAUUCUAUCCGCCCGGACAACGGAUACCGGAAGGUAUACAUGUAUUGUUCGAAACGCUGCCGGUGAAGCACGAAAGACUUUCGAUCUGAAAGUGCUUGUGCCACCAUCCAUCAAUGAAUUGAGCUCGUCGGAAUCGCUGCAGAAUGUCAUUCCAGGAUCUCGUUUAAGUCUUGACUGCAUCGUUGACGGUGAUCCAUUUCCGGAGAUCAGUUGGACACGUGACGAUGUUCCUAUUGAAGAUGAUGAAUUAUAUAAAAUAAUAAAUCAGAAAGAAACAGUUGUUAUCACGAAUGUUGAUGGGCAGAAUGCUGGCAAGUAUACUUGUCGUGCAAGUAAUAAAGCAGGAAAUGUUACCAGAGAUUUUGUCGUACGACUAACAGGACCACCGGUGAUUGAUCAAGGUGCUGAACAAUUGGAUAUGAUUGUUGGUGAUACGAUGAGUAUCACAUGUCGUAUAGUUUCCGGAACAGGAAAUGUCACCGUUUCAUGGAUAAUUGAUGGGAAACCAGUAUCGAACGGUGUGCUUAGUCCUACGGUCGAGGUUCUGGAUCGUCGUGUUGAAGUGAGUAAUGCACGUUUAAGUGAUGCUGGGAAAUAUAUCUGUGUAGCUCGUAAUGAAGCUGGUGAAGCACGUAAAACAUUUGAUCUAUCCGUAUUAGAAGUACCACGUUUCUUGGAUAUGACAAAUGUGAAUCCGUCAAUUAUUAUCGGACGUCCAUUAAUACUUGACUGCUCCGUAUCAGGCACACCAAAGCCGAUAAUCACAUGGAUGAAGAAUGGCUAUAAACUCAAUGAUACCGGUGUUUACAUCAAUGACAAGCAACAGCUUCACAUCCAGGAAGCAAAGGCGGAGGAUGCUGGCCGUUAUUCUUGCAUCGCUGAGAAUAAACCUGGACGAGCUGAAAAGGAUUUAGUAGUGUCAAUCCUUAAACCUCCACUAAUGGAAACACGUUUUGCACCGAAAGAAGUUCAACAAAGCCAUCAAUUGACGUUACAAUGUCCGAUAGAUGAUCCUACAGUCGAAUUCUUUUGGACUAAAAAUGGUAUUCCAAUUACAACAUCUGAAAAGAUCCAGAUUUCUGUUCGUCGUGAUAAACUGUAUCUUAUGGAUGCUGAACCAUCGGAUAGUGCUCAAUAUGCAUGUAUUGCACGAAAUGAAGCCGGAGAAGAUCAAUCCGUGUUCGAUACGAUUGUUAAUGUGGCACCAAAAAUUCUUGGCCCAUCAUUUCGAUCAGUGGAUGUGAUCCUUAAUCAAACGGUUGAAUUAAUAUGUGAUGUUGAUGGAACACCUGCACCAACAAUCACCUGGUUAAUGGAUGGAAAAGCUUUACUUCAAACUGAAAAUGUUCAGUUCCUGGAAAAUGGACGUAUACUUGUACUUAAUCAUGUACAAAGUGAAGAAGAAGGACGUUACACGUGUAAAGCAGAGAAUAAAGCUGGUAAAGCUGAAGCGGAUACAUAUGUACAAGUUACUGCGCCACCACGUGUAUUCAUGCAAUCCGAGGAAAUGAAAGUUGUAGCGGGAAGAGGGGCAACGAUACGUUGUGAAGUUUUCGGUAAUCCUCCACCAAAAGUUGAUUGGUUAAAAAAUGGACAACUAUUCCAAUCGGAACUUUUACAAAGUUCAACAAAUCUCCGAUAUUUACAUCUAAGAGAAGCAAGUGUUGAGGAUGCUGGAAGAUACACAUGUAUUGCUAUGAAUCGUGCUGGUGAACAGAGAGCAAGCACCCAACUUCACGUAUUAGUGAUUCCCGUCAUUGAAGAUGGUGAAAGAGUGAUCCAAGUGAAGGAAAAUAACACACUAAGCAUUGAUUGUGCUGCUGGAGGUAUUCCUCCACCACAAAUUACAUGGAAGAAGGAUGGUCAACCUCUUGAUGAUGUCCAAGGAAAUCGAUUAAUCGUUCCACACGCGGUCCCAUCGGAUGCAGGACGUUACACGUGCACAGCACGAAAUGAAGCUGGUCACGUAUCCGCUGAUUUUGCCGUGGACGUUUUCAGUAGGCCGAGAUUCAAGGAUAUAAAAGCGGAAGUUCAGGUAAUUGAUGGGGAUCGAGCUCGACUUGAGUGUAAAGUUGAAGGACAUCCAGCACCAACUGUCAGAUGGCUACGUGGAGGUCGUCCAAUCGAAGACAUGUCAAACUUCAUACUGUCACCUCGUGGAGAGACCCUUAUGAUCCUGAAAGCGAGACGUGCGGAUGCUGGAUCGUAUUCAUGCGUGGCAAAAAAUGCGGCUGGCGAAUCAGAAGCCAGUUUCACCGUUUCUGUACUCACUCCACCACAUAUAGAGGAAUCCGUGGAUCAAAAUCCUCAUAUUGUACAAGGUAAAACGCUCACUCUCUACUGUCCAGUGUUGGGAAAUCCUGAUCCUAAGGUGGAAUGGCGUAAGGACAACGUUCCUUUGGUGGAUGAUCCACGGUUUACUGUUAUCGAUGAGAAACACCUACAGAUUCAACAAGCAAAGAAAGAGGACGAAGGUCGCUAUACUUGCCAUGCGUUUAACCAAGCCGGCACGUUGGAUACGGAUUACAAAUCCGAAGUUAUUGCACCUCCUAAAUUUCAUCGCACCGGAGAAUCUGUGUAUGAAGUUGUGGAACACGAUGCUGUCACUCUGGAUUGUGCCGUUGCUACCGAACCAAAACCUGAAGUUAUAUGGUAUAGAGGCGAACAACCACUUUAUCUGGCUGGAAAUAUGGCACUUUCUCCGGAUGCAAUGCAACUUACCAUUCGAUCCGUAUCACUUUCGGAUGGAGGAAAAUACACUUGUAAGGCGAGUAAUGAAGCCGGUUCUUCAGAUAUCGACCUCAUCUUGAAGGUACUUGUUCCUCCAAAAAUCGACAAAUCCAACAUUAUCGGUAAUCCUUUGGCGAUAGUGGAGAGAAAUAUCUACUUGGAAUGUCCUGUAUCAGGAAUUCCACAACCAACUGUUUCAUGGAUAAAAGAUGGUAAUCCAGUGGAUGUGAACGACAGUAGAAUUGUUUUCGCUCAGAAUAAUCAAACAUUCGGAAUAGAAGGUGUACGAGCGUCAGAUCAAGCAAGAUAUACAUGUAUUGCUUCGAAUAAAGGGGGAUCCGUUGAGCAAGAUUUUAAUUUGGAAGUAUUAACACCACCUGCUCUCGAAUCCACUGAGACUCAAUCGCAUACGAAACGUGAGGGUGAUACCUUGACGAUCACAUGUCCGAUAAGAUCCGCUGUUGAUGCCACGUCAGGAGUUUCGGAUGUUAGCUGGAUUAAGGAUGGACGUCCGAUUGAAAGAGAGAAUAACGCUGGUGUUAAGAUCUCAAGUGAUGGACGACGACUACAAAUUCCGGUCACAUCACUUUCGGAUGCUGGAUUGUAUACAUGCGUUGCGAUAAAUCGUGCUGGAGAAUCGUCGUUGGAUUUCAAAGUGGAAAUAUUGUCACCACCAGCUAUUGAUGCAUCCAGAAAUGAUGCUUCACCAAGAGUAACAAUCGGUCGUCCUGUAACCUUAUGGUGUUCCGUUAGUGGACAUCCAUUCCCAACAAUAACAUGGAGAAAAGAUGGUGAAGAAGUGAAACCUAGUGACGCGAUUCGUAUCCUGGAUGAUGGACAAAUGCUUGAACUCUUGGAUACUAAGAAAGAACACGCUGGUACAUGGACAUGUACCGCUGAAAAUGAUGCUGGUGCACGUGAACUUGAGAUACAAUUAGAUGUUUGGAUUCCUCCGGUUGUUCGUGUAUCAUCAGAAGCUCCUAUUAAAGCGAUCGGUGAAACUGUAACAUUGUUUUGUGAGGCAAGCGGAAAUCCACCACCAUCGCUAGGAUGGACGAAAGGCGGUCAACCGAUCAUCAACAGCGUUGAAGGCGUUCGUAUCUCUCUUAAGGGCACUCGCUUGGAUAUUCCACAUAUGGAAAGAUCGGAUGUCGGUGACUAUACGUGCAAUGCACAUAACGAAGCUGGAAGUGCUGAAUCCACUAUCCAUGUCGAUGUUCUUGUACCACCAAUAAUCGCUCGAAAUAAUAUCGAUAUGUCACCACGUCUUCCAACUGGACAAACACUUAUGCUUAUAUGUGAUGCAGGCGGGAAACCACAGCCUGAACUUAAAUGGUACGUCAACAACACCGAAAUCACAUCUUCAACUGAAAAUAUUGAGUUAGGAAAUACUGGAAAAUUCCUUAAGAUCACAAAUAUUACUUUACAAGACAAAGGAUUCUAUACAUGCGUUGCAUAUAAUGUAGCUGGAAACGAUACAGUACUCUAUAAUGUGGAUGUUGUUCAAGCUCCUAUUAUCAUUAACGGAGGUGCACAACAAGUGAUUGAAGGUGAAUUGGCCCGGAUAGAAUGCUUAGCGGAAGGACAUCCACCACCAAUAAUUAGUUGGCUACGAAAUGGAAUACGAGUUGAGACGGGUGUACAAGGAGUACGGUACAUUGCUGAGGGGAAGGUUCUGAAUGUGAUCGAAGCGAGAAGUUCGGAUUCUGGAAUCUACGUCUGUGCUGCCACCAACGAGGCUGGCACCGCACAACAAGCGUACACCUUAGAAGUGUUAGUAUCACCAAAAAUUGUCACGACAUCUCCGGCGAAGAUAUCCGUGCCAGUGGGUUCUCCGUUCACCCUCAAAUGUGGCGUACGCGGUUAUCCUGAACCGAAGAUAUCCUGGACUGUUGACGGUCAACCACUUGUUCAUGGAAAGGAUGGAGUAUCUAUUGCUGAUGAUGGAACACUCAGUGUGGACGCUGCGUCUGGGCGUAGCUCAACUUACAGAUGUACUGUAAAAAAUGAUGCUGGUACUGAUGAAAUGGAAUAUGAAGUACAUACAAUAAGUGCCCCAGUAGUGAGUAAUGAAGGUCAUCGUACAGUAAAUUCCACCGAAGGUGAACCGACAUCGCUUCCUUGUGAUAUUGUUGGCGAUGAACCACAAAUUCAAUGGUUUAAGAACGAUGUACCUCUACUACCCAGCACAAAUGUUGAAUUUAAUGAGGAUAAAACAAUAGUAAAUAUACUUUCAACAAGGCUAAGCGAUGAAGGAGAAUACACAUGUGUGGCAGUGAAUUCAGCUGGAAAAGCAACACAAAAGACGCAAGUUUACGUAGGAGGUAAAUUUUCACCUCUUUUUCCCCUUCUCUAUAAUUAA